AUGCUUGUGAACGUUACAGCUGACCAUCGUAUCAUCUAUGGAGCUGACUUGGCUGCCUUCCUUCAGACCUUCUCAAAGAUUGUUGAGAACCCUGAGAGCCUUACAAUGUUUAAAGAGGAUUAUUCCCUGAAACAGGGCUCGCCAUCCGCAGCCCGUGCUGAAUUUGCGGGUUGUCCAAAUUAG